CUUUGUUUUGGUUUGCUUUGUUUUGACGCCGCCGCUAGGGGUUUCAAGCUCUCUUGCAAUGAAGGCUCUAAGCUGGUGGCUGAUGCUAGUAGGUUCGCUCCGGCUGGUCUCCGUCUGGUUCGGGUUCUUCGACAUUUGGGCUCUCCGCCUCGCCGUCUUCUCCAAAUCCCCCAUGACUGAAGUUCAUGGGAGGACAUUUGGUGUCUGGACUCUUUUAACUUGCACACUCUGCUAUCUCUGUGCCUUUAACCUUGAAAACAAGCCUCUGUACCUAGCUACCUUUCUGUCGUUUGUCUAUGCACUCGGCCAUUUCUUGACCGAGUACCUAAUAUAUCAGACGAUGGCCAUUGCAAAUCUCUCAACUGUCGGCUUUUUUGCAGGCACGUCGAUAAUCUGGAUGCUGUUGCAAUGGAAUGCACAUCAAGCUCAACCUAUAUUGAAAUCAGAAUGAAGCGUCUGAUUUCGGCCUCGGUUUUCUUUGCACACGUUGAUUAAGCGUCUUCUCAAUCAUCCUCGACUUUUCUGCAACUGUAAUUUCAAUUUUGUAUCUGCUAUUGCAAUGAAAUUUGGUGUAGCAUUUGAAAUUCGAACUCCGAACUGUUCAGAAUGCACUGAGUUUUCACUUUCUUUGUAAGCUGCCAUUGCGUAACGUUCUUUACCUCGGUUUAAUUAUCACCUGAAAUUUGUGCUGUCA